AGGAUGACCGGGAUCGAAAGUGCUGGGGAGAAUAUUGGCGUGGGCCUACAAAAGGGCAAGCCAGUUCGAGCUCGGAAAGGCAGUCGUGCAUUGAAUCUUGAACAGCUGUCAUCAUGGAUACGAGGAUUCUCCUUCUCUUGUGCUUGGUCACUGAUUCGUUUGCUGCCAAGAUCCUGGAUAAAGUAGCGGAGGAAGUGCACCUCAAGAAGAAAGAAAUCACAGAAGAGGAGACUGCCCCGCAUGCGUACCCCGACAAAUACCCAACCGAGGACAGUCUUGACUACGAAAAGAAGUACAAGGAAUACCGGGAUAACCUCCCGAAACGCCCUGACGGGAACCAAUCCGCCCAGAGGCCGGCCGUGAAGAAGACCCGCCCGGUCCCGUCGCAGAACAUCCCUCCCUACGGCCCGCUGGGGCAGGUGAAGCUACUGAAGCCCCAGAAGGAAGCCUGCCUCGAGCGACCCAUCCACGAACGGUUUGGGGGCCAGAACUAUUACUUCAGUUGGAGGGACGACAAGUUCAACCGUCUCCUCAAGUGGGUGGAUGGAAGGAACUUCUGCCGACGGAUGUGCAUGGAGCUCGUAGCUCUCGACACUCGCUCCAAGGAGGAGUUCAUCAAGGCUCAAAUCUCUGAAGACCACAAGUUCGGGCUGGUGAAUGACACGUGGACUUCUGGUCGUCUCUGCGAUUUCAAGGGCUGUGAGAGGUCUGAUCGCCUGACCGGCUGGUACUGGGCCAGUUCAUCCGUUCCGAUCCCUCCCAAGGGCAAAGGCUUCACCGACUGGGGUGCCGCUGGAACUCGUGGCCCUCAGCCGGAUAACGCCAAUGCCCCAGAGGACUGCAUCGCCUUGGUUGAGCCAGAGGCUAACGGCGAGCCAAGCGGGAAGUACUCCUGGCACGAUCUUCCCUGUGUGUACGAGAAUGACAUCGUGUGCGAGGACGAUGAGAGUCUCCUUGCUUACGCAAAGAAGAAAUUCAAGAUUGUCGCCCUGGAGAGCGCGGCGACGCUGGUGACGGGGAACAACAAGACGGUGUACGAGCCCGUGAAACGCCUCGGCGUCGUCUACUCCGGCAUGAACUCGGCCCUGAAGACGCGCGAGGACGCGAUCGCGGAGUACCAAAAGCUGAACGCGAAGAUCGGGAAGCUGCAGCGACUGGAGCGCACGGGAAACAACGUGGUGAAGCAGCACCAGUACCAGCGCGAGGCGAACGCGUUGGAGCAGGAGCUGCGGGAGCGGACGCGUCACCUGAACGGGGAGCUGCCCCAGGUCUACGGCCACCGCGUGGAGUACUUCCAGCCCUGCCUCCAGGCGCACAUCUUCUCCCAGGUCGAGUACUACGGGGAGCUGGUGAAGCUGUUCGCGGAGCUCGUCAGCGAGGAGGUGAAGGGCGUCCCCGGUGACGCCUCGAAGGACCUGCUCGAGAAGGUCAAGGCGCUCUCCAUCGUGGCGUGA